CUAGAUAGCAACGAGAAAUUUACUCAAUUGCCACCUGUGCCAAGUGAGUUAUUCAGGUAGCCUUCACUCGGCGAGGGCAUCAGCUUCUUACCUAGAUUCUUCAGUAGGUAGGUAGACCGAGGGGUGUAUUGCAUUGUGUCCGAUGGCCAAAGGUAUAUAAACCCUGGAGAUGUCCACGAAUUUAACUGGGAAGUAUCCUACUUCACUCCUGUUCUUCCAAAAGUAAAACAAUUCCUUCUUCGAACACCGGAGAAAUAGGGUGAAAAAAAAAAAGAAAGGUCAAUACCAGGUUAAACAUAUACGAAGCCCUCCUAAAACCUACAAGAUGCAUCUUCCCAGCCUCGCCCUUCUAGCUGCGACAGCUCCGACAGCUUUGGCGUGCACUUUCGGAAUCCAAUUUCGCUAUAUUCGUGGAGGUGGCGCUUCGGAACUCCAGUGUAUAGGGUUUGCGUACGACCAUGACAACGCGGACGUCAUGAAUGAAAACAAGGACGCUACUUCCAGAAUCCCAUGUGGGGGUGGUUGCACCAACCUUGACUUCAAGGGAAAGACAUACCAAUUCUGUUUUGACAGCGCCGCUGAUAUGGACAUCCACGGAGCCGCUACUGUUCAACGUGUUGAUGGCGGCGUUAAGGUUAACAUUGUGCCUGAUGGGGAGAAGAAGGUAGACAAAUUUACUGCCGGCCUCGGCAGUGUUGUCACACACGCCUUCUAUCGGUCUAACAUUGGGUGCCCCAGUGGGUGAUUCAAGGGGUAUGAGUGGUCGACUUCAAUUGGUAUAUACAAUAUCAUGCCAGUGUUGACUAACCUUAAAUAGGCCGAGGGCUGUCAUUCCUAAGCGGCUUCUUCCCCAAUCAUGUUGAAUAGAUUCAAGCAUUAUCCAUAGAAUUCCAAGUCAUUCCCGCUCAGGAAUCUUAUAUACUCAAUAUAGAGAAAGAGGAAACCAGUCGAACCGUAGAAUAAGAUGAGAAU